CGUCGGUCACCCAGAUGGACCAAUCAAGUCAUCGCAUUCCACUCUUCUCCAACUUCCGGUCCCGCCUCUCUCUCUCUUCCGGAUUUCUUUGCGUGACCGACGUUUCGUGUCUGUUUAGACUUAAAAAUGCGUUACGUGGCCGCUUACCUCCUGUCCGUGCUCGGUGGAAACACCAGCCCCUCUGCAAAGGACAUCAAGGCCAUCUUGGGCAGCGUAGGAAUUGAGGCAGAUGAUGAACGCCUAAACAAGGUCAUAAGUGAGCUCAAUGGGAAGGACAUCAACGAAGUCAUGAACUCAGGCCUUUCAAAAUUAGCCUCCGUACCAGCAGGUACUGCUGUGGCUGCUCCUGCCGCUGCCACUGCUGGUGGUGGUGGAGCUGCUGUAGCUGGUGGGGCUGCACCUGCUGCUGCGGAAGAGAAAAAGGAAGAGAAGAAAGAGGAAUCAGAAGAGUCAGACGAGGAUAUGGGUUUCGGACUCUUUGAUUAAUCUCCUUUCUCUGUGUUCAAAAAGCAAUAAAAAUGUAAAAGGUUUACACACA